UUUUGGAAAAUGCCAGCCCGGAGGUUUGCUGAUGGGGAGGUGGUGAUGGGCCGCUGGCCAGGAAGCGUCCUCUAUUACGAAGUGCAAGUGACUGGUUACAAUGAUGUAACUCAUCUUUAUACUGUUAAGUACAAAGAUGGGACUGAGCUUGAGCUGAAAGAAAGUGAUAUAAGGUCGCAAUCAUCAUUCAAGCCCAGGAAAAGCCAGUCGUCUUCAAGCUCUCCUUCCAGAAGAAACACCAGCAGAUCUCGAUCUAGGUCUCCUGGGCGGCCAGGAAGGGGCAGGCGUCGUUCUUCCUCCCAGAGCAGAGAACGUAAAGAAGACAAAAAGAAAACUCUUCAGGAAACCGACCUUGUUCUCCUGAAAAUGAAUGAGAAUAACACCAGAAGAUACAAUGGUGAACCUGACAGUACAGAAAGAAAUGAUACUUCCAGCAAAAUCUUGGAGCAAAAAUUCAAACCUGAUCUGGAUAUACAGCGUGUGCUUGAUCAGUACAGCUUGCAUUCAAGAAGAGAAGAAAAGAAGAAAGAAGAGAUAUAUUCAGAAAAAAAGAUUUUUGAGACAGUAACAACAGCUGAAAAAGCUUCACCAAAAACAAAGGAGCUCGAGUUUGGUGGAAGAAUUGGGACCUUCAUGUUGAUACUUUUCCUGCCUGCUAUGGUGAUGUACUUGCUGUUGAUGUGCAAGCAGGAUGAUCCCAGUCUUCUGAACUUCCCUCCUCCUCUGCCAGCUUGGGAAAGCCUGUGGGAGACAAAGGUGUUCGGUAUCAUCCUGCUAUGGUUUUUCCUUCAAGCUCUCUUCUACUUACUGCCAAUUGGAAAGGUUGUGGAAGGCCUGCCGCUCUCAAAUGGAAGGAAACUGCAGUACAGGAUAAAUGGAUUUUAUGCUUUUGUUUUGACUGCUGCAUCUGUUGGAGCCUUACUGUAUUUUCAAUUGGAACUUACCUAUUUGUAUGAUCACUUCCUGCAAUUUGCAGUAUCAGCUGCAGCUUUUUCUAUGGGAUUGAGCAUUUUUCUGUAUCUUCGGUCCCUAAGAACACCAGAAGAAGAACUAGCACCGGGUGGGAAUUCUGGCUAUCUUGUUUAUGACUUCUUUACUGGACACGAAUUAAAUCCUCGUAUUGGCAGUUUUGACCUCAAAUACUUCUGUGAAUUGCGUCCAGGAUUAAUUGGCUGGAUUGUUAUCAACUUGGCAAUGCUGCUGGCUGAGAUGAAGUUACAUAAUCAAAGCACACCCUCUCUGGCAAUGGUACUGGUGAACAGCUUCCAGCUCCUUUAUGUGGUGGAUGCUCUUUGGAAUGAGGAAGCUGUUUUGACUACGAUGGACAUCACCCACGAUGGGUUCGGCUUCAUGCUGGCCUUUGGAGAUUUGGUGUGGGUUCCGUUUGUCUACAGCCUGCAAGCCUUCUACUUAGUCAGUCACCCUACUGCAGUUUCAUGGCCAGCAGCUUCUGCAAUUACUAUUCUGAACUGUAUUGGAUAUUACAUAUUCCGUAGUGCAAAUUCUCAGAAAAAUAAAUUCCGAAGGAAUCCUGCAGAUCCUAAAUUGGCCUACCUGAAGGUUAUACCCACGGCCACGGGAAAGGGGCUGCUCGUCACGGGCUGGUGGGGUUUUGUUCGGCACCCCAAUUACCUCGGCGACAUCAUCAUGGCGCUGGCCUGGUCCCUGCCCUGCGGUUUUAAUCAUAUUCUGCCAUAUUUUUAUGUGAUUUAUUUCAUCUGCUUGCUCAUUCAUCGAGAAGCUCGUGAUGAACAUCACUGUAAGAAAAAAUAUGGUUUGGCGUGGGAAAGGUAUUGCCAGCGGGUACCAUAUCGCAUAUUUCCUUACAUCUAUUAACGCACUCCAGAAAUCUGAUUUUGCAAGUUACUUCUAAAGUUAGUGUCUUUGCAAAUAA